GCACCGCUCUGUGGAAAGGGCCCCGCUCUCAUCCAAGUGGGGAGGUCACAGCUGGGCAAGAAUCUCACCUCUGAUCUAAGAUGUUCAGGGAGCUCCAGAACCAGGAAAGGUUGUGUGCUGUAAACCUCAUUUGUCAGGACACUUGAGGACUUCCUGCAGAGUAGAGCCACAUGCAGGAUUAAGGCGAUGCUUGUCCCAGGGAAUGUGGCCCAGUCUUUCCUUUGUAACUCGCCUUUACGUGGGUCUGUGGUUCAGCCAGCGAAGUUCAGAUUCAGAAAUAGCCUGUGGCUUUCAUCUAGAUGAUACCAUGGCGCAUCACCUCCCAACUUGAUAUAGCAAAGUGUAAAGGUCAAUCCAUGUUUACCUAGACCGUGGGCAUUUGAAAAGGUUUGGACAGUUGACAAGAGGGGAUUUAGAUGCUCAUUUUUCCUAAGAGGGAGCUUAGGGAGGUCAGCUCUACAAGGAUCUGGAAGAGGAUGAGUGCUUCCCCCCACAGAGAAGCUUUUAGUCUAAGGUCUUAAUGUUCUAGCAGUAGACCACUGCCUGUUUCCCACUGUUAGUUGUCCACAGAGAGAUCUAAUCUCAAGCUGACCUCCUAUAGCUAUCAAGAAGUUUCAAGGCCGCCUUCCUCCUCCUCCAGGUGGUGUGUAUGCUCAGGGCAAGCAUAGUAAAACUUAAUGUUCCUGGCAGCACCAGCCACUUGGAAUAUGGCCAGAAAUCCAGGCGUGAGAGAAAGCCCUUUGGGCUCUGAGGACACUGCUCCAUGGGAGAAGUGUGACAGCUCCCUCAGGCCGAUGGACUUAGAAUUCUCUGUAAAAUUAAACUAAGGCAGCAGUUUAGAAAGUGAAGUCAUACCAGUUAACAUUAUAAGAAGUGAUGGCUGACAUUGGAAGGCAGAGACAAAAGAAUUCUAAAAAGCUGUCAGAGAAAUGAAAAGCAUGGUAAUCCGAGACCAUUUUGUUUAGGAGAAAAUAGCUUCACAUCUCAAUAGCUCCUUGAGGGUAUUAGUGUCACAACCCAGAAAAAUAAAUGAUGGUCUUUAUAAAGCCAAGUCCUCGGCAAUGAUUAAAUUAUAAUCAUUGCAGUCUCUUCUGACAUAGACAUGUAUUUUUUAAAGAUUUGCAUAAGAAUGGUCAAAGUAAUGGUUCUGAGAGGACCCUUAAAGCUUCGCUCCCUGGAAGAUUCACUUUAGGAGGAUACUAAAUACAUAAAGUGUUCCUGUUAAAUCAGAAAGUAACCCUAUUAUGAAAAUUACCCCAAAGCACUCAACACGUUCUCUCCACCAGUCGGAAGUGAAUGGGAACUACUCACUGUUUCAGGGGGUCCCCACCCAGCUCCCUCUGCUGGUGAGCCACAGGAGCAGCGCGGGGCCAAAGCCCUUUCCUGGGUUUGGAGUCCCUUCCAGCCUAGGCAGUGGGUGCCUGCCUGGAACAGUGAACAGUGCCUGUGGCUUGGGGACCAUCAUGCUGCUCUGUGCUCCGUUUCCGUCGUCCAUCGCCCAACGUCCUUGUAAUACCAUGUCUUGUCCUGAGGUGUCUUCGUCCCUCUUUGGAGAUGGUGUGGUGGAUUGUGCCAUUGGGACCAGAAACCCUAUUUGUUCAUUUGCACUCACAAAGGAAAAAUGACAUGGCCAAUGCAUUUGCACAGAAGCACCUUCGAUCCAUAAUCCUAAAUCAUGUGAUCCGAGGGAACCGCCCAAUCAAAACUGAGAUGGCCCAUCAACUGUAUGUCCUACAAGUCCUGACCUUUAACCUUCUGGAAGAAAGGAUGAUGACCAAGAUGGACCCCAAUGACCAGGCUCAAAGAGACAUUAUAUUCGAACUGAGGAGGAUUGCAUUUGAUGCAGAGUCUGACCCGAGCAAUGUCCCCGGGAGUGGGACUGAAAAACGCAAAGCCAUGUAUACCAAGGACUACAAAAUGCUGGGAUUUACUAACCAUAUCAACCCAGCAAUGGACUUUACGCAGACUCCUCCUGGAAUGCUGGCCUUGGACAACAUGCUGUACUUGGCUAAAGUCCAUCAGGACACCUACAUCCGGAUUGUCCUGGAGAACAGCAGCCGCGAAGACAAACAUGAAUGCCCCUUCGGCCGCAGUGCAAUUGAGCUUACCAAAAUGCUCUGUGAAAUCCUCCAGGUUGGGGAACUACCAAACGAAGGACGCAAUGACUAUCACCCGAUGUUCUUUACCCACGACCGAGCCUUUGAAGAGCUCUUUGGAAUCUGCAUCCAGCUGCUGAACAAGACCUGGAAGGAGAUGAGGGCAACAGCUGAGGACUUCAACAAGGUUAUGCAGGUCGUCCGAGAGCAGAUCACUCGUGCUCUGCCCUCCAAACCCAACUCUUUGGAUCAGUUCAAGAGCAAACUGCGCAGCCUGAGCUACUCUGAGAUUCUGAGGCUGCGCCAGUCCGAAAGGAUGAGCCAGGAUGACUUCCAGUCCCCGCCGAUUGUGGAGCUGAGGGAGAAGAUCCAGCCCGAGAUCCUGGAGCUGAUCAAGCAGCAGCGUCUGAACCGGCUCUGUGAGGGCAGCAGCUUCCGGAAGAUUGGGAAUCGCCGAAGGCAAGAACGUUUCUGGUACUGCCGCUUGGCACUGAACCACAAGGUCCUGCACUAUGGUGACUUGGACGACAACCCUCAAGGGGAGGUGACAUUUGAAUCCCUGCAGGAGAAAAUUCCUGUUGCAGACAUCAAGGCCAUUGUCACUGGGAAAGAUUGUCCCCACAUGAAAGAGAAAAGCGCUCUGAAACAGAACAAGGAGGUGUUGGAAUUGGCGUUCUCCAUCCUCUAUGACCCCGAUGAGACCUUAAACUUCAUUGCACCUAAUAAGUAUGAGUACUGCAUCUGGAUUGACGGCCUCAGUGCCCUUCUGGGGAAGGACAUGUCCAGCGAGCUGACCAAGAGUGACCUGGACACCCUGCUGAGCAUGGAGAUGAAGCUGCGGCUCCUGGACCUGGAGAACGUCCAGAUCCCGGAAGCGCCCCCACCGGUGCCCAAGGAGCCCAGCAGCUAUGACUUUGUGUAUCACUAUGGCUGAGCCUGAGCCAGAGGCGACGGCACCCAGGAAGGCAUUUGGGACCCAGGAGAAACACUCACAGUCUGGUGCCUUGUCUUUUACUUGUACAGAAUCCGUAGGGACCAUGGUGGCCAGUAAAUGCCAACCAUUCCUUCAGGCCACCUCUGACCACCCAGAGCUUCCUCUUGGUCCCCAUCCACUAUGAGUCAUGAAGGCAGGUGCUCUGCCCUCCCUGGCUUCAGGCCAUGAGGAAUGAACAGCAAAUGCCCUUGCUCUUCAGGCCAAGAGACUGCUUUUUGAGCUGGAUUUAACAACAGCCACUCACCUUUUCUUCCUGAGCCUGCUCCCCAGUGGUCAGCUGGCUCCCAUGUGGGCAAGAGCUGGCCCAGGAAAGGCUGCCUGCAGAGGACAGGGCUGGGCAUGUUGAGAGCCUUGCAGAGACUGCCUUUGGGUGACCCCGUGCCUGUGUCUCAGAUCUAAGUAGAGGCCUUGCCCUUGCUUUUGUCAUCUUUGUGAGGGCUCACUCCGGCCUCAAACAGCGCCAACAUGUGGCUGCUGCUGAGGUUCGGCACUAACAUCUCGUCUCGGGAUCCACCAGGUCUCUCUUGCCCACGCAGUUGUCUGGGCAGAUGGAAAUGUCUCCCUACAAGCUCACAAUCUCCCAUCCUGGCAAGUCAGAGACAUGAAGGCUGAGUCCCACCCUCUUAGUCUCCAGACUCUGCAGGGAGAGCCAGGGUGAGCCUGGGCCUAGCCUGUGGUGAGGUCACUAGAGUCACCUCCCCUCCCCUCACUUACAUGUUUCCCUUCCUCCGGGAGAGACCUCCCACCUAACCUGCAGUGCAGCCUCCAGGUGGCUUUCCUUUGGCCUUCCAGACCUUGGGAAGUUUGGCUUCCCUUCCUUCCCAUCCCAGUGCUGUGGUUCCUGCCAUUGGCCAUGAUUUCAGGGAGCUGGCUGGAGGCCACAGCUGUGCCAAUGGCCUUUCCUGGUGCUGUCGCACUUGUAGACCACAUGCACAGCCUCUCUCCUUGGACAUAUGUGAACACAGUGGCAUUCAGUUUUGGUAGCUGGCAUGGUAGGUACUACCCAAUGAAGAGUGUACUAUAUAUUUUCUUUACUAUAGGCCAUACUUAUACAGACAUGUAUAUAUAUUUAUAUAAGAUCUACCUAUCCUAGGAUGGAAUGUUUGAGGGAUUAUAAAAUUGGAAGCAAAAAAAAAAAAGUAACACUUCCAGUUGUGAGCCAAGAUUGUAACGUGAGAGCAGCCAGGAGCUUCCUGUCAGUAACAUGUUUUCAAUAAAUACUCUUUCAUGUACAAA